AUUAAGUAUGUGAUGGUGUGGAUGAUCAACCCUCAACCUCGCUAUUCCUCUGAUACACAACAAUGCAUGGUUACGAGUCUUUACUCACUUACUCUGCAGAUACCUAUUACAGCUGGGACAGGAUGCGCGGGAGUAGUGUAGCAGGGACACGGGAGGGUAGACACAUAGGAGGGACCGAGGGUGUGUGGACUGUUAUCACCUUAAAAGUUGCUUUUCCUCUGGUGACUGCUUGAUUCAGAAAGAGUAAUACUGAAAGAGGAAAGAGGCUGAUUUUUUUACCAUCUCCUUGGCUAUCACUUAUUUUUCUGUUCUUGUCCUUGCAUCUCUUUCCUUCCUGUUUGUCAUCAUCUGUUCCUCUUCUGCAUACUCUGAUGGGAGAACUCAGCAGCUAUGCUAUUGUUCUGCUUGUCUAAAGAGGGAAGGUGAAAGUUUUCUACUGACCGCAGUUCUUCUUCUUCCUGAAAUUCCAGCAGACUAGGCACAAUGCGUAUCUCUGUGUUGAACAUCUACAGCCCGGGCUGAGAAGAAGAUGAGGGGAAUAAGUUAUCUACAGUGAAUGAGUUCCAUCUAUCGGCCAUAAUUCAGGCCUCUGUGUUGGGCUGUAAGAGUGCAACAACAGCAUAGGACACGACCAGGCAAGCUGGCAACAGGUCUUGUGGAAGUCAUGACUGAGAUGGCUUCCUCUGAUGGAACAAAGGAGGGAAUGUCUGCAAAUGGAGAAGCUUCAUCCAGUGAAAGGGAGACUAAUAUACUGGAAGAUGAGGAUACAGGAGAUGGCAUGGCAGCUCCUUCUUCAGGCAUGGAGAAUAACAUUUGCUCCUUUGAGCACCCUGACGAGCACAUGACAUCAGCUCAUGCUGUCCACUCCACUCACACCAGGAUUCAGCUGUAAAUGGAAACUGAAAAUAACUUAACAUUAAAUGGAGAAUACAGCUCAGACAGAGUGCUAAAUGAGAAGCUGUCACCUUUGCUGGCUCUUCAUACACCGACCAGAGACAUCAGCAGCCAGAAACCGGUGGAGAGAGGUCUGCUGGAUGAGGGUUACACAUCAGACACAAUGAACUCAACUUUUUCCAAAAAUACUUGUCAAGAAGAUGAGUUGGCCUCAUUAUCUACGGACAUAGAUGACUCAAUAGAACAGUUGAACCAACUGAUUUUAGAUUUGGACCCUGCCUUUGUUCCUGUUCCUACUGGCUGUCCCCCUAUGUGUCGAGCCACCUCCCUCAACAGCAGCAGCCUCAGUGAUAAAGGAAAUACUCAUGGAACUGGCUGGAAGCGGCAGAAGCAGGUCAGCGACGUGACUGACUACUCUAGUCUUUGGAUGCUAAAACCUGGUUGGCAUGGUCCAGGAUCAAGAGGGGGAGGGGAUUCCUUGAUCAACAGUCCCCCUUUCUUAAUGUCACAGCACAACAACAGUGGACCAAGCAAAAGCUCUGAAUUUGUCCCAUCGACUCCAGCCUUCCCAGUGUCUCCGCCAACACCUUAUGUGGAACACUUUUCUGAAUUUUCUCAUGUCAAGACUGGUGGCCAGUGGGGAAAAGACAACUGGACACAAGAUUCUCGAUGUUUCCUGGACAGUGGAAACCACACAGGAAAUUCUAUUGAUGGAGAGCUAUUCAGAUCAGACAUGUCUGCGAGUUCUGCUUCCUGUCCGCGGAUAUUUGGUUCCAUGUGUUCUGUGUCAUCAAGCAGCCCCCUCCCACACUCAGACAGCUGCAAGCCGUCUCCUGUGUGGCACCAGCAAACUCCAAACUCCUCGCAGCCCUCAACUCCGACCAAGCGCAGCACACCCAAUGCCCACAGUUCUCCUCGGGGGGCGCUUAAAGGCAGGAAUCCAGAAAUCCACAUGGAGACAGACACCACAGAUUUUUCUUCAUUAUUGAUGCUAAAUGGCAACCUGGAGCACAGCCUCCUGGAAGCCAUGGGGGACCUCAGGGACUUGAGCCUCGGUGGCGAAGCGGAUGCCCCUCCACUGUUGCCUGAAAAGGGGAGAGGGGGUUACGGUGGUGAGCUUGGCUACUGCUCGCCUUCUCUGAGCGGGUGUUCAAGUCCUCACAGCGGAAGCUGUGUCAGCAUACCUUUGACGUCACUGACCUCUGACCUCCACAAGGGUCUAAGCGGGGCCCCAUCAAGCGGAACAGAGUUUGGCACUAAGCAGGACACUGUGAAAUUUGUUCAAGACACUUCUAAGUUCUGGUACAAGCCUGACAUUUCCAGAGACCAGGCUAUUUCAGUGUUAAAAGAUAAAGAAGCAGGUUCUUUCAUUGUAAGAGACAGUCAUUCAUUCCGCGGGGCAUAUGGAUUGGCUAUGAAGGUAGCCAUACCCCCUCCAUCUGUGUUGCACAGUACACACAGUAAAAAAGUUGGAGAUCUUUCCAAUGAACUAGUUCGACAUUUUCUGAUCGAGUGCACACAGAAAGGAGUUCGUCUGAAAGGCUGCCCCAAUGAGCCGUACUUUGGAAGUCUCACUGCUCUGGUGUGUCAACACUCCAUCACACCUCUCGCUCUGCCCUGCAAACUCAUCCUGCCCGACAGAGACCCAUUGGAGGAGCUUAGUGAAUCUUCUGUAAAGACGGCAACAAACUCAGCAGCUGAGCUUUUAAAGCAAGGGGCAGCAUGUAAUGUGUGGUACCUGGGCUCUGUGGAAUUGGAGUCUCUCACGGGACACCAAGCAGUUCAGAAAGCGACCACGCUGACACUCGCCAUGGACCCCCCAUCAGCCUCAACUGUUGUGCACUUUAAGGUGUCAGCACAGGGAAUCACACUCACAGACAACCACAGGAAGUUGUUCUUCAGAAGACACUACGUAGUCAAUACAGUCAUCUUCUGUUCUCUGGACCCGCAGGGCAGAAGAUGGACAAGAGGCAGCAGUUCUACAGCAAAGAUCUUUGGGUUUGUGGCAAGGAAAUCUCAGAGCGAGACUGAAAAUAUUUGCCAUCUCUUUGCUGAACACGACCCAGAGCAGCCAGCGAGUGCGAUUGUCAACUUUGUCUCAAAGGUCAUGAUUGGGUCACACAAGAAGUGAGGCAAAUUGAAGUUGAGUUACCACACCAACUGACCGAUAUUGAAAUGGUGAGUUCAUAAAUCAAAACCUGAAAUCACAUGCGGUUCAAAUGCUCAAGCAAAGACUCUGCAACACCGCUAUAGGUUUGUGCUGUUGACACUAGAAGGUGCUAACGUUCUCUUAACGCAUCCAUAACUGCUGAAAGAAUGAAACACACUAUAGCGCUUUUUCCACAGAGGAUUUAUUGUGAAAAUGUGAUAUUACACGUUUUUUGUUUCUCCCGUGUUUUUUUUUCUCAUUGAUACAGCAGCAUUUUUAUUAUAGAUUCCAUUUUUUAUUGGAAAAAGGUUUAACUUAACUUUUAAAAGUAUAUUUUAAACAUUAAGUGUACAUUAUAAGACAUUUUGCUACCUUGUAUGUUGGAUGGAAUAUGUGCCAUUUUGAUGUUUCCCACACUAUGUAUCCAUUUAUUCAGAUGUAUAGAAGUAUUUUUCCCAAAUAUACUUCAUGUGUGCCAGAAACUGUAUUGUUGUAUAUUAACACAUGUUGUACAUUGUCAUAAAAAAACAGUGUACCUCAGGAUUUCUACUAUUAUGUCAUAUUUUUUUAAGUAAUCUGAUUUUUAUUUGAUGUGUAUGAUUUUUGAAUGGAACAUUUUUAUAUCGCUCUGGAAAACAAAUAAUUUUAAACCCCGGGUUUAAGAGGUUAAGAAGAAUUGAACUUGCAGUGGUCUCCCUCUUUUUCAGAGCUGUACAAUUGUUAACAUAUUUCCCAAAAACAACAGUUUUCAGUCAAAGUAUUUCUACCUUGGAAUGUCAUUAAAGACAAAAGUUGAUUGGCUGUCCAAUGGCGUUACGUCUUGAAAAAAGAAUAUUCUCUUCUAUGACAAAUGUACAAAUGUACAAAAAUAAAAAUCUGAUUUGCA